CCCACCAACCAAUCUAAAGCCACUCUUCACUUCAAUAUCAUCGCCACCAUCACAACCCAACAACAAACUCAAGUAAAGUCACACACAAUCACACAAACUCCAUCAACCAAAAACAGAAAAAAAAACACCAAACCAAACCUUCCAUUUCCUCAUACCACAUUCUCAUUACUACAAUUCAACUCAAACCACUUUUCAGUUUUGAUCUCAAAAAUGGUCAAAACCUGAAAACAAAACACAAAACACAACACUCAAACAUCAACUACAUUCUCAAUCCCAUCAUAAUCAUGGCUUCAAUCUCAGGCAUUUGUUCUUCCUCCCCAACACUCAACAAGUACCAAAACCAAACCCCUUCUUCCACUUCUUUCUCAAUACGGCGUCGUACGCACCUCCUCCCCACUUUCCCGACCCGCACCAAACUCCCCCUUACCCGCUCCGUCGCCCGUGAAGCUCCGGCGGACCUCUCCGCCGUCACAAAACACCGCCUCGAGAAGAACCCUGCUGCCCUAUGGCAGCGCUACGUUGACUGGCUCUACCAGCACAAGGACCUGGGGCUCUACAUCGAUGUCAGCCGGGUCGGGUUCACCGACGAGUUUCUGCUCGAGAUGGAGCCCCGGUUCCAGGCGGCGUUUCGCGCCAUGGCGGAGCUUGAAAAGGGUGCUAUUGCUAAUCCUGAUGAAGGACGCAUGGUGGGUCAUUACUGGCUCAGGGACUCGACUCGUGCACCCAAUUCGUUCCUCAAGGCGAAGAUUGAUGACACCCUUGAUGCCAUUUGUAGGUUCGCCGACGAUAUCGUCUCCGGUAAGAUUAAGCCUCCUUCAUCGCCCGAGGGUCGUUUCACUCAGAUACUUUCUGUUGGGAUUGGUGGUUCUGCUCUUGGACCGCAGUUUGUUGCGGAGGCACUAGCGCCCGAUAAUCCUCCUCUCAAGAUAAGAUUUAUUGACAACACAGAUCCUGCUGGAAUUGAUCACCAGAUUGCACAACUUGGCUCUGAGCUAGCUUCGACCCUUGUGAUAGUGAUUUCAAAGAGUGGAGGUACCCCUGAGACCAGAAAUGGCUUAUUAGAAGUACAGAAGGCCUUUCGUGAAGCAGGAUUGAGUUUCCCAAAACAGGGUGUUGCGAUAACACAAGAAAAUUCUUUGUUGGACAAUACUGCAAGAAUUGAGGGCUGGUUAGCUAGAUUUCCCAUGUUUGACUGGGUUGGAGGCAGAACGUCAGAGAUGUCUGCAGUUGGCCUGCUUCCAGCAGCUCUUCAGAGCAUUGACAUUCGAGAAAUGAUUGCUGGUGCAUCAUUGAUGGAUGAGGCAACCAGGAGCACUGUGAUAAGGAACAAUCCUGCAGCUUUGCUGGCUUUAUGUUGGUAUUGGGCUACAGAUGGUGUUGGAUCAAAGGAUAUGGUUAUCCUUCCAUAUAAGGAUAGCAUGUUAUUAUUUAGUAGAUACUUGCAGCAACUGGUCAUGGAAUCUCUUGGCAAGGAAUUUGACUUGGAUGGUAACCGGGUUAAUCAAGGACUUAGUGUCUAUGGAAAUAAAGGAAGCACAGAUCAGCAUGCCUACAUUCAGCAACUGAGGGAAGGUGUGCACAAUUUCUUUGCGACAUUCAUUGAAGUGCUACGUGACAGACCACCUGGUCAUGAUUGGGAGCUCGAACCAGGUGUUACUUGUGGCGACUACUUGUUUGGUAUGCUACAGGGAACAAGGUCAGCACUGUAUGCUAAUGACCGUGAAUCGAUCACAGUCACAGUGCAAGAAGUGACACCUAGAUCAGUUGGAGCUCUUAUUGCACUCUAUGAACGAGCAGUUGGGAUAUAUGCCUCAAUUGUCAACAUAAAUGCUUAUCAUCAACCUGGUGUGGAAGCUGGUAAGAAAGCAGCAGGAGAAGUAUUAGCACUUCAGAAGCGGGUAUUGACAGUGCUAAAUGAGGCUAGCUGCAAGGAGCCUGUUGAACCAUUAACACUUGAAGAAGUAGCUGACCGUUGCCACGCUCCAGAAGAUAUUGAAAUAAUUUACAAGAUUAUUGCUCAUAUGGCUGCCAACGAUAGAGCACUAAUUGCGGAAGGUAGCUGUGGUUCUCCGCGGAGCAUCAAGGUUUUUCUUGGCGAGUGUAAUGUUGAUGAACUGUAUGCUUGAGUUAGACUAAACGGAAAUCCACAUCCCAUGAUGUUUAUUGAUGUGUUUGGAUACCCAUCAAAAGAAAGGAAGCAGGUUCCAAUAAGUUGUUUUGGUUGUUGAAUCAUUCCAUCUUAAAUUAAAAUGAUUUUUGUUUUUGUUGAGUCAAACUUUUGAAAGGGUGGUUGAGUUUGUUUAUCUGAAAAGAGUCAUGUUAACCACAUUUGAAUACCAUAUAACCAAAUGGAGAACAAGGGACGUAACAUGUAAUUAAAUAAGGUGGUUUGGCCUUUUACCAUAAUUGGUGAGUGAAAGAAUCAAGAAUUCAUGAUGCACCUUUUGUGCAUAAAUUUA